AUGGACACGAUCCAUCGUAGUUUUCUGAUCCAGCGAAUUCAUCAGCUGGAAGCCAAAUGUGCAAGGCAAGAAAUAGAUCUCAAGGCAGCGAAAAAGAAACAGCGAACAACUGUAGCUGCAAACAAGAAGCUCGAGAAGCAACUGCAAUUGCAGAUUCAGAAAGCCGGAGACCAGACUGACGAGCAGAUCCUGUGCGUUGAGAAAACCACCAAAGCCGGUAAGCAAGGGAAGAGGUUCAGUUCAAAAGGAUACGUAGCACUUGGAAUCCGCAAAAGCUUGUCGGUCACGUCAGCGGUGGGAUUUCCGUUGGCUGCACUUGUGGAUGUAUCACGGCAGACAGUGACACGAAGCGAAACUGCUGUUUGGGCAAUGCUGACAACCCGAUCGGCUGCUUUUCAUGUCGCUAUGCGACGGAAUCUGCGUAUGGUGGCGGGGUGGUUCAACUCGUGGAAUGAGUCCACCAAUGAGUCCAGCAACACCGACCCUCCCGAUAACACGCAGGUGGCGGCCUUUGCUGUUGCCGCUUCCGAGGAGUGUAUUUCGCAUGAGGUUCUGGUGGAGCGUGAUCUCGGGUUGAACCCAGACCCAGACGGGGAUAGAAGUGGGAUAUCAGGUGCAGAGGAAUAUUUCCUUCAUGCUGCUACUCCCGAUUACGUCGUGAGAACAUUCCUUGCAACCUUCGCCACGGGGGAGUACAAUGCCUACUUGGAACGAAACGCUCAACGUCAAGACCAGUCGGCGCUGGAACACGAUGUGGACGAACUGGGCCUGGAAGAGGCAGCUGAAUACCGAUCAAAGGUAACCAAGUGGAUCAAAGGCUCAUUGCUUUGCUUGCAAGAUACGCUGUUUUGGUUCCUCUUGCAAGUAUCCUUCAUGUCGCGGUCACCCUUCCGCCAUAUGUUUGCUAUCCUGAGCAAGUACAGUGGCCAUGCGUCGAGUAGAAUCCGCAAUCCGUGCACGGACUGUGAAGCGCAUGAACUGCCCAUAGUGGAUCUUGUUACGGUUCGGCUUGUGCAGCUUGAUGACGAAUUUCAUGACCUGCGCAACAACAUACCUUGCUGGUGCGAACGAACCCUUGCGUCUCUGCAAGGGAUGAUCUGCUGGGAUGCAAACCAUGCACUUUUACUGGAAGAUUUGCAGCAUAUGGCCAUGCGGGUGGUGAUGCUGAACCACGCCUCUUACAAGCGUGUGGCACGUGAGUUGUUGGACAGCAGCGAGCAAGUGCUCGAGUGCACGACACGGAAAAUCCGUACAUCAUGUUGGGCAGAGCUUGAAGAGGUCGCGGUGACGGGACGUCUCCGCAUGAAUGGCCGCCUCAGAGCUUCAUUGCUGCUCAGCGCUAGCAUGCUGCGACUGGAUGUGCAGGAGCUGGAGUCUUUAAACAGUAUGGUUAAACAUCAAGUUGCAAGAUCGGGCAACAACAGGAUCACACUGGAGCUCCUAUCUUCAAGGGUGCUCACGCGGAAGCUGCUGGCAUUGCAUGCAGUCGGCUGGCGAUAUAAGGACGUGGUGCCGGUCGCGGCGGCGUUUGCCAAAUCUGCCUAUCUGCAGCACGGGCCGCACAAAGAGUAUUUGGCAGAUGAAGCACGAUGGCACACUUGCGGAGAAGCGCGUCUCACACCUGCUGAUCCUGCAGUAUACAACCCAGCUGCGAGACCCACCCCAGAACACUCAUGGGCCCUGAAGUACAAUGCAACUUUCAUGAAAGCAGUGAGGGCACACAACAAAGAUCACUCGGACACUUGGAUUGCACUGCUGGUGCCAACAAGUCUUUGCUGUGAUCAUCAACCAGCGGACGAAGCCGACGAAGCCGAGUUUGAACGUUGGAUAUGUUGUUGUUCGUUUGUAACCUAG